UCGAACCCACCUCGAACCCACCCACUCCCCUCGAUACCUCCGCCCACCAUGCCCUCCGAACCAACCGGCAACCCCAACUCCCACGACCCCUCCAAAUUCUCCACCCACCUCACGGGCACCUGUCUCUGCGGCAGCAUAACCGUCACCAUCACCGACUCGGAGCUCUUCACCAAGAAACGCGGCCACCUCUGCCACUGCGCCAACUGCCGCAAAGUCGCCGGAUCCUACGUUGCUUCCAACUUAAUGAUUGAGGAGGAGAAAGUCAAGAUUGAGGAUCGAGAUGGCACACUGAAGACGUAUGAGGACAAGGCUACGUUGAGUGGAGGGUCGGUUUUUCGAAGCUUUUGCUCGACGGACGGGAAUCCCAUUCGCUCCGUGACGAAACUGUAUCCCGGUAAAGUCAUCCUGAAGAUGGGUAUCUUCCCACGCAUCCCGCAGCCCGAGGCGGAAGGAUUUGGACUCCACAAGCAUGAUUGGCAAGGUGGACACGAAGGUAUUGAGACGUAUGAGAUCAAGUGGGCUGGGCCGGAGAAGAAGAGAAUGUGAGGAACGCAGCAAGGAAUGAAACGAAGAAGAGAAGGUUGGACAAGUAGUGCGCCGGAUAUGUAGUGUAGGAUGAGCUCGCAACCUUGAUGGACAUUUCGACAUACACAG